AUGGAGAAUAUACAAAGUCCACUCCAGAUCGGCAAUAUUACUUUGCAACAUCGUAUCGUUCUGGCGCCAUUAACUAGAUUUCGCGCGGAUGACAAUCAUGUCCCUCUUUCAUUCGUUAAGGAGUAUUACGCAGACCGCGCUUCGGUUCCAGGAACGUUGCUAAUCACGGAAGGCACUUUUAUUUCGCCCCGCGCGGGAGGUUUCGACAAUGUGCCUGGGAUAUAUAACGAUGAGCAAAUUAGAGCAUGGAAAGAGAUCACCGAUGUAGUCCAUGCCAAAAGCAGUUUUAUCUUCUGUCAAUUGUGGGCUUUGGGAAGGGCGGCAGACUCGCGAGUCUUGACUGAAGAUGGCCAUCCAGUGGUCUCUAGCAGUGACAUCCCCAUUUCUAAGGAAAGCGCUGUUCCUACGCCACUAGAUGAAAACGGAAUCCAAGAGUUCAUCGGAGACUAUGUUCAAGCGGCAAAGAAUGCCAUGGAAGCUGGCUUUGACGGAGUGGAGAUUCACGGAGCCAAUGGAUACCUUUGCGAUCAGUUCUUGCAGGAUACAUGUAACAACCGCAAUGACCGUUGGGGUGGAAGCAUCGAGAAUCGAUCAAGAUUCGGCAUCGAAGUGGCUAAGGCAGUUUCAGAAGCCAUUGGAUGUGAGAAAACUGCAUAUCGAAUCAGUCCAUGGAGCCCGUUCCAGGCCAUGGGAAUGGCAGAUCCGAAGCCACAGUUUACCCACCUUGUUCAAAACCUAGCAAAGAUCAAAUUGGCGUAUUUGCACGUGGUGGAGAGCCGGGUCAGCGGUCCGGAAUCGUGUGAAGGAGCUUAUCAGAGCACGGAUUUUGUCGUCGACGCAUACGCGAAUUCCGGGCCAGUAAUCCUCGCUGGAGGGUUCCGCCCCGAGACUGCUAAUCGAAGAAUUGAAAAUCUCAAGGGUCAACGCAUCGCCAUCGCAUUCGGCCGAUUUUAUACAUCGAACCCAGACCUGCCCUUCCGUGCUUUCAAUCACAUACCUUUCACGCCGUACAACCGAAGAACGCUUUAUACGCCAAAAUCCCCAGUUGGAUAUAUCGACUUCCUUAACAGCUCACAGUAUGAAGCUUGGGCUAGCACAAAAUCCGAGGCGUCGCCGACGCUAAACUAG